CAUUGGGUUCCAGGGGACCAUCCGGAAACGGACGAGGAGAGCGAGUUGAACGCGCGCAAUCGGCUCCAUCAUCAUCACCGGCAUCAUCAUCGAGCGGCGUCGUCGUCGUCGAAGCCGGCGAGCGAAGACGAGUUCGCCGAGGACGAGUUGUCCGUCGGCGAGCCUUCCGAGGCAAGGAUGCUCACCUCGAGCGCUCCUGCUUGGGGCACCUGUCCAGCCGGUGGCAGGCCACCGCGGGAGAGACGAGGCAGGAGCCCCAGGAGCCUCGACAGGCACAGGAGGGACAAGAAUCAUGACGUGGGAGGAGAAUUUCACGAAGGGAUGCUGCUCGAUGCGUUGCUCCAGCUUUAUCCUAGCGUCGCUGGUGUGGCUGGCAACCGAUCGACCGGCAAUCAACGCCAACAGUCCGUCCCAUCGGUGGCCCACAGAUUGCCGUAUUUCGUGCCGCCGAUGCCAGCGACGCAAGCCCUCAGGGUCGAGGAAAAUCCGUACGAGAGCGUACCGGUCCUAGGCCCUCUCCAUCACUAUUCCAGCCAAAGCAGAAGCAACAAGGACAGGUCACGCAAGUCCGGGGACAAGUACAAGUACACGGCUCCGUACGGCGAGUAUUACGGGCUGCAGAAUCAGGACACGGCGCCUGUGUACACGCAAGUGGGCGAGUACUCGGACACUUACGCGCAACCGACCGAUCGGUUGUACAACGAAGACAAGUACACGCAGCCCGUUUACUACGCGCCUCGCGACGGCGAUCAGAUCGCUUCGGGUCGGCUGUACCAGGGCCAACCGGACAGCAGUUUUGGGAGUGACAGUGGGUACAGUCAUCACACCUCUGGUACCACGGGUACCACUGGUACGCGGAGCAGCAACUCCAGGACGAAUCACAGGAAGGACAAGCAUCGGAAUUCCCAUCAUUCCCAUCAUUCGGCGGACUACAUCGUGUCCUAAAGUUACCUUUUCACGACGGUCAACCGUCGUGAACUCUGAACACUUUGCAUCGCAAACUACAGCAAUAUUUUCAUUCAUUCAUUUUCACUGACGAAUGAAACGGCGUUUGUUCGCGACGCGUCAACGGAGGCAGGCAGCUGGAGCAGUGGCAACGGACAAGAGUAAGCUUGUACUUUUCUGAAAAGUAUAGUGAUCCGCGUAUUUAUUCUGUAAAUUGUUUCCCAUUUUUUGUUGUCUCUUUUUUAAAUGGCGAUUUUAUUUUCCUACGCGAGGAGCUUGCGUUUUUUUUUUUUUCAUUGUUAAACUAUUUAAGGAGAACGAGGUACUCGUUUGAAUAUCGAAAGAGCAAUAGGAAGAGACUGUAGAUCAAAUUCGUAGGGUACCUACGAUCGAGACACAGUGAUCUCUUCUAGUGAUUUAGCGAGACUAUUUAAGCAAAUUAUUUGUAUAAUCUAACGAGACUCAGGCUGGUACCAAAGGACGCUAUUAAGCAUAAACCUUCGACUUUUUAGCAUUCUAGUUUGUAAUUUAUACAAAGAGUAGAGCUACUCGCGAGGUGCGUGCGACUACCUUUUUCAACGAUUGAAACAUCCCAAAGACGAUCCUAAUAAUAUCUACAAAGACUGCCCUCGACUAUAGUCUGGUUUCAUAACUUUGAUACAACACGAUCUACGUACAAGUAUCUCAUCACGAUUCGUCCCAUCUUGUAAGAUAACAUCUGAAAACACAAUUUCACUUAUCGUUAGAAGGACUCGAAAUCGAGGAUCGUAGCCAUAACACACGAGAAACGUACACGAUGCACUUACAGUAGUUUCACGCCAGUAAAAUAUAAGCACACAAUUUAAUCGCAAUUUUCCUCGUCAAUUACAAGUUACGAUUUUUAUCGUAAUGGACAAAGCAAAAGGAACGGGCUCCCUCCCGUUUACUAUUUUUGCAACAUCUCGGAGAGGAGAUCCGAAUGAAAAAGAAAGCAAACUCUUUCUUAAAGAGAAUACAUAGGUCGUUCCUUCUGCGAGACUCUUUCCGCUCGUCCUACAUUCUCAAAGCUUGUUCACGACGGGAGAGAGAGAUAACUUUAAGAGCUCCCGAUAGACAACGGUUCGUCGCGUUUCCUCAUCGGAUCGAGUCGCGAUAGCCCGGUUGGCCUUUUCAAAUGAUUCCUUUGACGAGAGGUCAUUUUUUUCAAGCGCGCUCGCAGAAGGAACGUGGCGACCUGACCGAGCAACGUUAACAACCGUAGACUUCACUUUCCUUCCUUCAUCCUGCCUGUAAUCUCGUUCCGAUUUAUUAACGUUUGCUCGCGCGUUCGGCAUGUAAUUUGUAACUGGACUGCGGAUUUCAUGCGUUUAUACAAAAUUACAUAUUGUCGAAAGGAUGGAUGCGCUCGUCGACGCGCGAAAGACUACGCGGAAUGUAAUUAUUUUUUAAGCAUUCGGAAUUUCCUUUAUCUAACAGAUAUCGCAUAAAAAUUCGCGGUUUAUCAACAACUGCCGGUAGUCGCACGACUGUUCGCUCGCGAGGCCAUCACGCUGCCAGAGAUCGAGGCGAGGUGCGAGAAUAGUGAGGAUAAUCGAGAGAAACAGUGUUCUUACUAAGCUUCUGUACAGGCACGCGCUGGUACAUGGUAUGCGUAUACACAUUAUAUACAGAAGUAUAUACAUACGUAGAUGUAAGAAAAACUAUUCGCGACCCCGUGUAAAUACAAUUACAUAUGCGCGGAAGCGGAGGGAGAGCGGGCGGGGCUGGGAACAAAGGCUGUAUCAUAUCGUUAUAUCAAUCUUGCGUGCGUGUGUGACGUGUGCGACGACGAGACAGGAAACAGAAACGAGGACGAACAAAAGGAAUCAGAUAUAAAGUAUAUAAUUUUUAAACGUUAUUUGUAACGAGAUCGGCGAGGACAAAGAAACAGCAGUGAUUUCAUUUGCACCCGCGCGACCUCCCUGCGCUCCCUCGCCAGUAUACACUCUUUAGAUGCAUGUAGAGCGAAUACCUCAAUGAAGAAGAAGAAAGAUCACUCUGUUGUAAAUAUAAUUUUAUAUGUACGAAUCGGGGGAUAUGGGGUGUGUGCGUAGGUGACUUUAGCGGGCAUCGCCCUCGCGAAAUCCCGUCGACCCUCGUCGAUCAUUUUCGUUUUGUCUAAUUAAUCUAAAUUCGAACACCGGCGGCAAACUGAGAAAUGUCCGAUCCGCUGGUAAUUUUGUCGACGCUCGAGAGGGUUGCGAGCUUCUUUUCGCGAGAAGAGCGGAUAAAGGUGAACCGUAUUACAUACAUGUACUUAUCGCGGGGAACGAAACAAGCACGACCACACAGUCACGUAUGAUCAAAGAUGCGUACAAUCAAAGAGUGCGAGAAUGAGAGGAACGCGCGUGCACGUAACACGACGGAGCGUAGCGCGACGGAAUUAGAAUGAGGGACAAAUGCUUUUUGUACGAUUUUACGUCCAUGUUAGUCAAACGUUUUUCAGGACCGUUUUUUAUAUACACAGUAUAUAUAGGUAUGUAUUAACGCGUGUACAGUAGGUACGAGACCUAAUUUAUUAUCGUCGUUGUUCUUAUUUAAUGAGACGGGGGUUGCAUCCCUGUGGCAGCCUGCAAUUCUAUUAUUCGCUACCAAUGUACUUGUUAUAUCGACGUAACGGCGUGUAGCUUAUUAAUUAUUAUUAUUAUUAUUAUUAUUAUUAUUAUUAUUAUUAUUAUUAUUAUUAUUAUUAUUAUUAUUGGUACCGGUGCGCGUCCACGAAAAUGGAGGCCGGAACUCCGCCUUUCGUUUUUUCGUUUCUUCCACGAUUUUUCGUUGCCCACAGGUAGAAUUAGUCGUCCUAAUGAAGAGAAAGGAAGCACAACGAAAGAACGAGCGGCAAAUCUUUUUCAUUACUCUCAUUUUCUUUUUUUUUGUCAACGAGCGUAUACGAGAUGUAUUAUAUUUAAUUUAUUGUUGCGUUUCUCGAGAAUGGGAGAACGGGGGUCGUUCCCCUUAAAUCUCGCUAAUUUUAGCUGCGAUCUAGCGAUAUCUAGGCGGAGAGGGGGAGGCAGAGGAAAAAAAAAAGUCAUAGGCACUAGAGUACCUCGGAGAAAAUAACAAAAGUAGCACUCUUGAAAGUUAGCUUGCACGGGCGUUCUCCUUUUCCAUCGCGAAUGCUCGAUCGACGGGGAGAACGCCAGCUCGCGGAACAGGGUAACUAGCUCUAACAUCUAUCUCUUUACAUCACUUAAGAAUGAAACAAACAAAAAGAAACUCUAUCACGACUCGUUCACCUUAUGGUAUCACACAGGUUCACUCUUAAUCGAUAUCGGCCAAGGCUAACUCGAGACACUAUCACACCUUCGUACUAAUAAACGAUUUACUAUUCGAUUUCACA